GAAAACGCGCAGCUCCAGUAGAGGCGGGUCUUCGCGCUUCACCGGGGCGGCUGAAGCCUCGAAGGUCAUGUUGGCUUGGUGGCCGUCCUUGUCCCCGCUUUCGUGUCCCGGGAGCACGGAACGAAGGCGUCUGUAAUUUUGAGUCAGCAGCACGAGCACGAUGUAGUCGCAAGGAUGGGUUUUAGAGUCGGGCUGCCUAACCUCUCCGAGUCUCCGUGUUCCCGUCUGUUGAAUGGGGCCAUUGCGGGCAUUACAGGACUGGCACUUUACCGAUUUGUUACAACUCAAGCAAGGGCCAGCAGAAAUUCUCUUUUGACAGAUGUAAUUGCUGCUUAUCAAAGAUUCUGUUCUCGACCCCCAAAAGGAUUUGAAAAAUACUUUCCUAAUGGAAAAAAUGGAAAAAAAGGUAGUGAACCGAAAGAAGUUAUGGGAGAGAAAAAAGAAUCAAAGCCAGCCGCUACCACACGCUCUUCUGGAGGAGGAAGUGGUGGUGGUGGAAAACGAGGUGGCAAGAAAGAUGCUUCUCACUGGUGGUCCAAGUUCCAGAAGGUUUGA